AUCUAAAAUUUCGUUUUUUUUGACGAAAUUCGACUUUUUUGAGGGGGCCUUAAUGGAAAUUAUCAAAAAUUUCGGUCAAAAAUGGAAGCCGAAGAAAAAACCAAUAGUGUUUCUGAGAGAGCAGAAGACGGGCUAUCUCCCCAUGCAUUUAUCUCGAUUUCGAAAUUUUUGACGAAAACUGACUUUUUUGAGGGGGAGGGGGCCUUAAUCGGGAAAAAAAUAUAUAUAUCCUUUUCACUUCACAAUUGCAUUAAAAAUGAAUGAGAUGGAUUUGGGUGAAUUAAUUAGACAAAAGAGCAAAAGUAUUCAAAUUGGGAAACCUGAAGGAGUCGCUUAUCGAAGUCAAACUUGGAAAACAUUUUCUCUCAUACGUUAUGAUACAGUUCUUCAAAAUUUCGUUCAAUGUGAUAAUUGUAAAAAGUUAAUUCCAUAUCAGCCAAGUUCUGGCUCAAAUCCUCUGUUGCGUCAUAUAACUAAAUGCCUGAAACAUGAUACAAUAACUGAGAUGGUUCAAACAAAAAUCAUGGAUUUUACUAGUCAAAAGAUCUCACGAGCGAUCAAGACAAAACUGACGUUGGCGGCUUCAGAAUUAUGUGUGACCGAUAUGCGGUCUUUCGAAAUGGUAGCAGGUGAUGGAUUCAAACAAUUUUGUUAAACAUUGCUCGAGAUUGGAGGAAGAUCAUACGGUAAAUUGGAUAUCGACAAGUUAUUGCCUCAUCCUACUACAGUGAGUCGUACAGUUGACAAGAUAUAUGAACAAUGUAAACAAAAAAUGAUUUCAUUGAUUCAACGAACAACCGUUUUUUGCUGUAACUGUUGAUUUCUGGACUGAUCCGUUUAGUGGUUUAUCAUACGGUGGGGUAUCGUAUCAUUUUAUUGACAGCAACUGGAAAUCCAACACAUUUAUUUUACGUGUAGGUAUUGUUUUAACUAGCGGAUAUCCAAAAGUAUCCAAAAUGAAGUUUUUUAGUGUUCGGAAUAUUACCUUGAUGAUCAAACGACAGCUAAUAUAACUCAGUUUUUGAAAGAUACACUUGCCGAGUACGGUGUACAUGUUGAUGUUGUCUAUUAUGUUGUAUCUGAUAAUGAAAAUACAAUGAAGGCUGCAUUUCAUUCAAAUCGAGUCGGAUGUGCUGGGCAUUAUUUGAAUAUUAUUAUCAAACAUUCAUUCACAACGGACAACGAAGAGUGUGCUUCUGUGCAAGCAAUUUUUGUUGACAUUCGAUCAAUCGUGGCACAUGUUCGUCGAUCACACGCUCAGUGUAAAUUAUCAUCGUCUCUAAAAACGUAUUCUGAAUCAAGAUGGAACAGUGUAUAUUUUAUGUUAAAAUCCGUUGAAAAUGUUCACGAUGAAUUACUGAAAUUACUCGUUACCAAACCGGAAUUGAGAUUGAAAUUAGCGGCAACGAACAAUAUUCUAUUGCACCAAGUGAAUGAUUUGCUUAAAUUUUUUUGUGAUAUGUCCGAGAAAUUAAGCCAAGAAACAUUUCAACAUUGCAUCUCGUAA